AUGCAAAUUAAAAAUUUUACUGAGAAACUAGCACAUUUAGAGUAUUUGCAUGGAUCAGAAGUAUCUAGUCACAAUACUUCUAAACAAAGGAUUAUUAAUCUAGAGAGUGAACUCUCUGACUUAUCAAGCAGAUAUUUAAAAGUUGAACAAGAUAUGCAACAAAAAAAUAGGGAAUUUUUAAUGAUUUUACAAGUCUUGUACAAUUCUGUUGUGGAAGCUAAUAACAAUUUAUCAGAACAAGUUGAAUUUACAAAGUCAAUGCUUACAGCAAAGGAAUCAGAAAAUAAUCAUUUACAGAGUCAAAUAAUUACUUAUCACAAUCAGUUAGACUCGGCAAUGCUGCAUAUACAACAGCUGACAAAUAACAGUAGUAUUAUGCAAACCCCUACAAACAAUUCUAUGGAAGAAAUUGAAUUACUAAAAAAAAAGAUAUCUGCUUUUAGAGCAACAAAUAGUUUGUUUCUACAAAAAGAGAGAGAUAAUAAGAAUUCCCAUUAUGAACAUUAUGUAAAAGAAUUAACUGAACAACUUAAAAAUGAAGUAAAUAAAAAUGAGAGUCACUUACAAACAAUUCAGAACCUGUACAAUAGAGAAAAUAGUCUCAUAGAACAGAUAAGUGAUAUGGAAAUAAGAUUACAAAAUUAUCAGAAGAGAAUUGAAAAUGAAGUCAUAAAAGUAGAACAUGUGGACAAUAGUCAGGAAUUACAGGAAAAAUAUAAUUAUAUCCAGAAACAGCUUGAGGAGACUAAACUGAAGCUUAACAAUCUUCAAGAGGAAUAUGCAAAAAGUGUUGAAACUAUACAAGAAUUAUCAGCUUCUAAAGAAGUAGUUUGUGACCAUGAAAACAUUAGUAUAUCAAAAUUGAAUGCUGAUAUAGCAAGUGAUAAGUUGGCAGCUCAGAGAGCGACAGAACAAAACAGAAAGUUAAAACAAGAUGUUUUGAGAAUUUAG